AUUUAUUACGUUUUUAGACGUGUCAUUUUGCUGGAUGGAAAUACAUAAAAUAAAUUGUCGUGAUAACAAUUGGCAAAAAUUGUCGUAAUAGCAGCAAAUUUGAGUAACAAGCUUUCACGUUUAUUGUUUGAGAACGAUUUUGAUUCAAUAUGCUUGCAGGAUAUCGUUUGCUGAACCAGCAAAAAUCUACAAAUGUCACAAUGCAAGCGCAUCAUGUCUCUAGGGACAAAAGAGGUCAAAUUAUGGGCCAACGAGCUGGAUUCCGUGGGUGCACAAUUUGGUUCACAGGUUUAUCUGGUGCUGGCAAGACAACAAUAUCUUUUGGAGUGGAAGAUUACUUGUGCUCAUAUGGCAUUCCAGCCUAUGCCUUGGAUGGUGACAAUGUCCGUCAUGGUUUGAACAAGAAUCUCGGUUUCAGUCCUGAAGACAGAGAAGAAAAUAUUCGAAGGGUUGCUGAAGUAGCAAAACUGUUUGCUGACAGUGGUGUGAUUGCAUUGUCUAGUUUUAUCAGUCCCUUUGGAAAGGAUAGAAACCAAGCAAGACAAAUUCAUGAAGAGGCUGGCCUCGUUUUCCUUGAAUGUUUUGUAGACACUCCUUUGGAAGUUUGUGAGAAAAGAGAUGUCAAAGGACUAUAUAAAAAAGCAAGAGCUGGAGAAAUAAAAGGAUUUACUGGUAUUGAUUCCUCCUAUGAAAAGCCUGAUAAACCUGAUGUUCACUUAAAAGCUGGAGAGCAUACUGUACAAGAUUGUGUGCAAUUAGUUAUUAAGUUAUUGAUUGAUAAAGGCAUUAUUCCUGAGUCUGUUUUAGACCGUGUAAAGGAGCUUUUUGUUCCAGCAUCUCGCUUGGAAUGGGCCAAAAAAGAGGCAGAAACUUUGCCCUCCAUUGAAAUCACACAACUGGAUUUGCAGUGGGUGCAAGUACUUUCAGAAGGUUGGGCUACACCUUUAAAAGGUUUCAUGAGAGAACGUGAAUACUUGCAGUGCCUCCAUUUUGGUUGUCUCCUUGAUGAUGGAGUGAUAAACCAAUCCGUCCCAAUUGUUUUACCUAUAUCUACUGAGGACAAAGAAAAACUAUUAGAUGUCUCAGCUUUUGCAUUAAGGUAUAAUGGAAACUGUGUUGCUAUUCUGCGAAAUCCAGAGUUCUACGAGCACCGAAAAGAAGAACGAUGCAGUCGCCAAUUUGGUACAAGCAAUACUGGACAUCCCUAUGUUAAAAUGGUAUUUGAGAGCGGUGAUUGGCUUGCUGGUGGGAGUUUAGAAGUACUAGAGAGAAUCAAGCAAAAUGAUGGUUUGGACAUGUAUCGCUUAACUCCUAAUGAAUUAAGAGCUAAAUUUAGGAAAAUGGGUGCAGAUGCAGUUUUUGCAUUCCAAUUACGCAACCCUGUGCAUAAUGGUCAUGCUCUCUUAAUGAGGGAAACAAAAAAACAGUUGGUUGAGAGAGGAUAUAAGAAACCUGUUUUGCUCCUUCAUCCUUUGGGUGGUUGGACGAAAGAUGAUGAUGUUCCAUUAAAAACCAGAAUUGCUCAGCAUAAAGCUGUCCUGAAUGAGAAAGUGUUAGACCCAGAAUCUACAGUUUUAGCUAUCUUUCCGUCUCCAAUGAUGUAUGCUGGACCAACAGAAGUUCAAUGGCAUGCUAAGGCAAGAAUGUCAACUGGUGCUAACUUCUAUAUUGUUGGAAGGGACCCGGCUGGUAUGCCUCAUCCAGAUACAAAGAAGGAUUUGUUUGAACCAUCUCACGGAGCUAAAGUUCUUACAAUGGCUCCUGGUUUGACUCAACUGGAAAUUAUUCCUUUCCGUGUUGCAGCAUAUGAUAUUACUAAGAAACAAAUGGCACUGUUUGAUCCCAGUCGUAAACAGGACUUUGAAUUUAUAUCAGGCACCAAAAUGCGCCACUUGGCUCGAAAUAAUCUUCAACCUCCUGAUGGCUUCAUGGCCCCUACAGCCUGGCAGGUCCUUUCUGACUACUACCGUUCUUUAUCAGACAAACAAUAAGCAUUCUUUAAUAAG